AUGGCCGAACCUGGGUCUCAUCAGAGCCCACCACUGUACCGUAAGCUGGGAAGAAUAGCAGAAGAAGGUUGGACGUCAGUUGCCAACCUUGUCACUCAUCCUCCCAUCGAAGACACUGAACCUACAAUACCUGAAAUAAAGAACGAUUUGAAAAGGAAAUUAUAUUUAUUAUUAGAGGAGCCUUCGAGUAGUCAUAGCGCCUUUUGGACAAACGUGAUUGUCUCUUUGCUGAUUGUGUUUAGUGCAGUAACAACGACAAUUGAAACCAUUCCGACAUUCCGUUCUGCAAAGAGUAACCGUGUUUGGUUUCAACUUGAGUCUGCCAUGGUAGCUUUAUUUACUUUGGAAUACUUGCUGAGAAUGUUUGCUCAUUCAGAUUCACUACGAAUGUUGAAGCGUUUCUUUCUAUCUCCAUUAUCAAUUAUUGAUUUUAUCUCAAUUAUCCCAUUCUAUAUAGAAGUGAUAGCUAAACAUGAUACAACUUAUGAAUUUAGAUUUACCAUCCUACGCUUGUUUCGACUAUUACGUUUAUUCAAAUCAUAUAAAUAUUCAAAUACGAUUGUAAUGACAAUAGAAGUGAUGAUGAUGGCCUUUAGAAGAUCAGGAGAUGCUCUUUCUGCCCUUUUCUUCUUCACAGUUACUUGUGUUGUUUUGUUUUCAACAUUAUUAUACUUUGCUGAACGAGGUAUCUGGGAUGAAACAUUACAGACAUUUGUCGAUUCAGAAGGAGCACCAAGUUCAUUCGACAGUAUCCCAGCUGCGUUUUGGUUCGUGCUAGUAACAAUAACCACCACUGGUUACGGUGAUAUGGUGCCAACUACAUUUAUUGGUAAACUCAUAACAUUCCCUGCCAUGAUGUUUGGUGUGCUGCUUAUUGCGUUACCGUCGAUCAUUGUCGGAAGAAAUUUUACUAUUGUGUGGGAAAGUAUGAGACAGCGACAAUUUUCAAAUAGUAACGGCUUAUCUGAUUUUCAACCUGGGCGUCCUUCAGGUAAGAUAAAUUGAAUGUGUAUAACUG